AUGAUCGCUUCAUGCAACGGUUUUCUGGGCGCUGGAAAUGGUAUCACCUCAUGGCCAACACUACCAGGAGUGACUCAUCAUUCGGCGGACCACCUUGCAGAAUCCUUGGACCAAGCUGCAGAGCUGGACAAUGAUCACACCGGUUCAGACGGCGCGCUUCAGCUUGCGUCCUACUGGGUCAAGUCAUGUAUUGUUACACACACUAAGUGUUGUCGGAAAAUACCAGAGGACUCGAUACCUUUCCUGCCUACCCGACUGCUUGACGUCGGCAAUGAUACGAUCAAGCUUGUCGAGAGUGAUGAAAUCACGAACUUUGCCGAUCGACGAUUCCUUGCACUCAGUCACUGUUGGGGGCUCGUACCAAUCAUUCGUACCCUGCGAAACAACUACGACAAGCACAGAGACCGAAUCCCACCGGAAGAGCUCUCGAAGACAUUUAGAGAAGCCAUACACACAACACGCAAGUUGGGCUUUCGAUACAUUUGGAUCGACUCGAUGUGCAUCAUUCAAGACAGCAGCACCGACUGGGCAACCGAAGCUGCGACGAUGUGCGAUGUCUAUCAGUACGCCACCUUAACGUUAGCGGCAGCACAUGCUCCAGGUGGCGACGUAGGGUGCUUCAUGGAGAGAGACGGGCUAUUGAACCUGCCCUUCCACAUCGAGAUUCCUUCUUCUGCCGGCUCAGAUUCGGCAGUGAGACUACAAUUUACUACUUACGGACGGCCACAAGCAAAGGAUCUUGGUGGCGGGGAUCCGGCACUAUAUGGGCGUGCCUGGGUCCUGCAGGAGCAGCUUCUCUCCCCUCGGAUGCUCAUCUUCGACGGAGCGCAGCUGAAGUGGGAAUGUCUUACCAUGCACGGCUCUGAGGGCUCUCCUACGUCAGGCAUAACGAGGCAUGACUUGCCUCAGAAAUACAUUCGCAGUGGUAUCAUGGAUGAUUUUGAGUAUUUCGACGAUGUCACUGCCACGAGCGAGAAGUUUGCGGACUCGCGAUUCUGGGCUCGCAUGAAACAUCAAUACUGGUGUGACCUCGUUAUGAACUACACACAUCGAGGAAUGACCAAGUCGAAAGACAGGCUGGUCGCCCUUGCUGGAAUUGGACAGGCUCUCGGCCGACAUACAAGUCGUGAGUAUCUGGCUGGGUUGUGGUCGGGACAAUUUUUCAUCGGUCUUCUGUGGAGCAUACCGCACAACGAAAAGUACCUAAUGAGUGCUACGACCAAUUUCGACAUCGAAGGCAAUCACCACAUCCGCCACGAGCAGGCUCUAGCGCCGAGUUGGUCUUGGGCAUCCAUCACUGCACCAGUG